AUGGCAGAGGCAGCUGCCUCCUUGGCUGCGGCGAAGACCUUCCUGGCGGAGGGCGCCUAUGAUGAGGCUUUGGCCAAGGCCGACGAAGCCAUAGCUGCGUUCCAAAAAGCAGGGAACCAGCAGAUGCAGAGCCAGGCCACGAGCACAAAGAUCGACAUCUAUCUGAAGCAGAAGAAGCGACCAGAAGCACGAGCCGUCGCUGCAGAGGCUGCCGCGCUCUUCAAGACUGUGAAUGAUCCGAAGAGUGAAUCCAAGGCCCAGCUGCUGGUCGCCGAGGUUUGCACGCAGACGCAGCGCUACCAAGAG